AUGGAAUGGAUUCAAAAUGAUGUUACUGCAUGGAGUUGGUUAAUGAUACUCGAACAUGUACUUGUUUUGGGUGCCUAUUUAUUAACUAUUUCCAGUGGCGCCUCCUCCGUUAGAUUGGUUGAGUAUUUUAGGGCUUGCUCAAUCAGAGGAAGACCCUCUACUCUGAAUGCUGAUAUGGAAUGCAAUAAAGAUGAAGCGCUUCGUGCUAAAGAGAUAUCUGAAGCAAAAUUAAUAGAAAAAGAUUUUGUGGGUGCGAAAAAAAUAGCACAAAAAGCUGAUAAACUAUUCCCAGGGCUUGAAGGUCUUUCACACCUCUUUCAGAUUCUUGAUGUUUACAUUUCUUCAGAGAAGAAGAUCAAUGGAGUAUCAGAUUGGUAUAGUGUUCUUGGUGUGGACCCCACAGCUGAUGAUGAAGCUAUUAGAAGAAGUUACAGAAAACUAGCUCUCUCUCUUCACCCUGACAAAAACAAAUCCAUUGGAGCUGAAGGUGCUUUUAAGCUUGUAUCUGAAGCAUGGACAAUAUUAGCUGAUAAAGGUAAAAAGAAAGCAUAUGACCAAAAACGAAACCCUAAACCAAUUUACCAAAAAGUUUCCACCUCUACCCCUCCACCCACCACAUUUUGGACUUCAUGUACAAAAUGCAAAAUGCACUUUGAAUACUUGAAAGUUUACCUCAACCAAAAGAUCCUUUGCACCAAUUGUCAUGAGCCCUUUUGGGCUUUAGCAAUAUCACCCCCACCUGUAAAUCUUCAUCAAAUGUGGCAUCCUCCUCAAAACAAGAAUCUCAAUGCAAAUCAUCAAUUUAAAAGACAACAUGAAGUGGGAUAUCAGAGUCCAAAUUCAGUUAAAGUUGAUGGAAUUGCAAAAAAGAGACGUGUAGUCGAACAGUCAACCGUGGAACGUGAAAAAGUCAACCUUUCUACACUCAACAAACUUAAGAAUAGUGUGAGAGAAUUGUCAUCUGCAGAACUUCGUUCCAUUUUGGUCUCAAAAGCCAGGAAUGUAAUCAACAAGAAAUUGGACGAGUGGAGUGCAGAAGAUGAAAAAGAAAAAGAAAAAGAAAAAGAAAAAGAAAAAGAAGUUAUCAAGAAACAAGAAAUCAUUCCGAAUGGUAUGAGUAAGGUCAAAGAUGUAAAAACACCAUCAAAAGAUAGCCUCGAUGAUGAUGUUGAUGAUGAUGAUGAUGAUGAUGAUGACGACAUGGACACCGAUACAAAGGAGGAAACGGAAGCGAUCUUAAUGAGUGUCCCGGAUCCCGAUUUUCAUGAUUUCGAUAUGGACAGAAGCGAAAGGGCGUUUUCGGAAAACCAAGUUUGGGCAGCUUAUGAUGAAGAUGAUGGAAUGCCUCGAUACUAUGCAAUGAUUCAUAGUGUGAUAUCAAGGAAACCAUUUAAGAUGGAAAUAAGUUGGUUGAAUUCCAAAUCCAAUGCUGAAUUAGGUCCAAUUAAUUGGGUCACAUCAGGCUUUCCAAAAACAAGUGGCGAUUUCCGAAUCGGGAAACGUGAAAUCAACACCUCACUAAAUUCCUUCUCACACAAGGUUCAUUGGGAAAAGGGCAAAAAGGGUAUUAUCCAAAUCUACCCACGAAAACACGAAGUGUGGGCUGUUUAUAAAAACUGGCAUCCCGAUUGGAACGAGUUCACUCCAGAUGAAGCGAUACAUAAAUACGACAUGGUGGUAGUUCUUGAAGAUUAUGAAGAAGGGAAGGGUAUAAUGGUAAAUCCACUGGUGAAAGUUGGUGGUUUCAAGUCUGUGUUCUAUCAACAACAUUCUGAUGUUAAGGAAACGCGAAUGAUUCCUAAAGAGGAAAUCUUUCGAUUGUCUCAUAAAGUACCUUAUUAUCUGCUAACAGGUGAAGAAGGUUCGAAUGUUCCGAAAGGUUGCUUGGAGCUUGAUCCUGCAGCGUUGCCAUUGGAGCUGCUGAAGUCAACAGUUGAAGAGAAAGUCAAUCCAGUGGAGGAGGUUAAAGGGAUUCUAACAUAUGCUAGAAAAAGGGGGAAAAAUGCAAAAAUUGAUACAGUUGAAGGGGUGGUUUUAGAAAAUGAUGGUAGAUAG